GUUGGACCCAGGUCCGGGUGAUGGAGACGGUCAUAACUCUGGCACAUUCCCAUCCCAUGGCGGGGCACCUCGGGCCGGCUAACACUGCCCAAAGGAUCAAAGACCGUUUCCAUUGGCCGGGCUUAGACGCCGAGGUAAAACGGUUCUGUCAGGCCUGUCCCACUUGCCAGCUAACAGCGCCCAGGAAGCCUCCCUCCAGUCCACUGAUUCCGCUCCCCAUCAUUGAGGUGCCCUUCGAGCGCAUCGGGAUGGAUCUGGUAGGGCCGCUGCCGAAGUCUGCCCGGGGGCACGAACACAUACUGGUGACAGCAGCAGCUGACCGAGCGGCACUCCCUUGGACACAGGACUUAUCACAGAGCACGAUCCCACGGCCAAGGAACAGGAGGAGAGAGAGCACCCACGGCACAGAGUUCCGGGUGAAUGAGUUCGGGGUCCUGGAGGUCAUAACGGACGAGAUGGAGGAGGAGAGGGGCAAGAAAGCUCACGCCACCACCACAUGGAGCGUCCCCACUGCACAACAGGCUCGCUCUGAAGGGCCAGUCUCAAAGGAGGAGACGGCGUGGGCCCAGCGAGGCCUGGUGUGUGUCCGCUGUAACAGGAAGGGCUCCGUGGUGGACUUCCUGUCUAACGGGCUCCACUGCAGCGAGCGCUGUCUGCAGCAGGAGCAGCAAGAAGAGCUGAAGAGAGAAGGCUCCAGAACAAACGGAGAGGCGCUCGGGAAGAAGAGAUCCCGUCUGACCGAGCGACUCACUGAAGACAUGGACAGCUCAAUGGAGAUCGCCGAGGAGGACGAUGAAGACUACGAAGAGAAAGAAAGCAGGCGACCGGCACGUGGGGCGACGAGAGGCCGCAGGAAACGCAGAGGAGACGCAGCACUGCUCAGAUACACGGUUCCAUACGGAGGCAAGAAGAAGGCGUGGUGUUGGGCCUCGUACCUGGAGCAAGAGAGAGCUGUCGCUGCCCCCAGUAAACUCUUCAAAGAGUAUCAGUCAUUUCCGCAGUGUAAGAAUGGCUUUAGGGUUGGCAUGAGACUGGAGGGUAUCGACCCUGAACACCCGUCCAUGUACUGCGUCCUUACCAUCGCUGAGGUGUUAGGACAUCGAAUCAGACUGCAUUUUGAUAAGUAUUCAGACUGCUAUGACUUCUGGGUAAAUUCCAACUCUCCUGACAUUCACCCAGUGGGAUGGUGUGAGAAAACCGGACACAAGUUGCAUCCACCAAAAGGGAUGAAGGAUGAAGAGUUUAGCUGGUCCUCCUACAUCAAACUAAAUAAAAUACAGACAGCACCCAAAGCCCUGUUUCAGAACCAGAACAUGACCGUGACGCCGUCAGGGUUUAGGGUCGGUAUGAAGCUGGAGGCCAUCGAUAAGAAGAAUCCCUCGUUCAUCUGCGUGGCCACGAUUACAGACAUGGUGGAUAGUCGAUUCCUGGUGCACUUUGACAACUGGGAUGAAAGUUAUGACUACUGGUGUGAUGCAACAAGUCCUUAUAUCCAUCCGGUUGGCUGGUGUCUAGAGAACGGCAGGACCCUCACCACCCCUCCAGGAUACCCUGAUGUGAAGAACUUCUCCUGGGAGAAAUACUUGGCAGAGACCAACACAUUACCAGCUCCUGCUCGAGCCUUCAAAGUGAAACCUCCUCACAGUUUCCAGCUCAAUAUGAAGUUGGAGGUGGUCGACAAGAGGAAUCCUGCUCUGAUCCGAGUGGCCACCGUGGUUGAUACGGAUGACCAUCGACUGCGGAUCCAUUUUGAUGGCUGGACAGAUGAAUAUGAUUACUGGAUCGAUGCAGACAGCCCAGAUAUUCAUCCUGCCGGGUGGUGCGCCAAAACCGGACAUCCACUGCAGCCGCCCAUCACUCCUCAGGACAUGUUUGAUACGUCUGAGCAGGGUGGCUGUCCCACGCCGGGCUGUAAGGGAGUGGGUCACAUCAAAGGAGCCCGCUACUCUGGACACCACAGUGCCGUGGGUUGCCCGUAUUCUGAUAUCAACCUGAAUAAGGACUCGGUUCUGCCGGAUCGCUUGAGCGGAGAGAUGCCAGGAAGCGGAGUGGGUCGGCCACGCAGAGCAGAACCAAACGCAGAGAUUUCAGCUGACGCUAAUGACAAACCCGUCACCUCUGCCCCAUCUCUCCCGGAGAAACCCAGCACGGCAAGCGCUGCCAUGGAAACGCCGCCAAAGAAGCCUGUCGGCACGGAGACCAAGCGAAGGGUUGGUCGGCCCUGUAAAGUUCGGAAGGUCGAGGAGCUGCCGCAGGAAGAGGAAGUGGAGAGUGAGGUGUCAUCAGUCACCGAAACCAAAGAGCUGACUCUCCAGCAGGCUUUGCACCAGUCUGUAUUCAUGCCGUGUUCCAGCCCAUCUCCCAGCAUGCCUCACUGCUGGGAUCAGCACAGCAAGCUCCUUCCAACAGUGGCAGGCAUCACGGCCAGUAAAGUGGCAGCGUGGAGCGUGGAUGAGGUGAUCGGGUUUAUCCAAGGACUUCCAGGCUGCGAGGAGCAAGUGCGCACCUUCAGAGAGGAGCAAAUUGAUGGCGAGGCCUUCCUGUUAUUGACUCAGGUGGACCUGGUGAAGAUCCUCAGCAUUAAACUAGGGCCGGCUCUCAAAAUAUACAACUCUAUACUAAUGUUUAAAACCACAGAGAACUCUGCCUGCAACGAACUCUGACCAGACAGACCGACAGCCAAGAGAGUUCAGAACUGCUUCAGUCAAAGGGCUCAUCAUGAAGAUUCAUUCAGCACACACCACACUAUUAUACACGAUGUAGAUAAUGUCCGAAUGAGCAGGUCAAACACAUAUAAUGACGUUCAGAAUUCAUUGAUUCAGACAGCACAAGAACGUCUCUGCGCUGUCAGUAAUAAUCAUAUUUGUACGCACUUAUUAACUCACAUGAUGAUUUCAUGUAGUGCCCUUUCAUCAUGGUGUCGGUGAGAAUGUAUAUUAUGCUGAGGGGUUAUCGGAGCACUAGCGCUUUUCUAGAUUCAGGUGCUAAACGAAUGCAGCUACAUGCACUGAAGAGCUGCACAAUGUCUGCUUUUGACUCUCGUUGUUUCCGUUACUACUCAUAUUGAUAUUUCUCCUUUAAUUCAUAGCUGUAGAUAAUUUAAGUGUUUGCAAAGGGUUCUGGAUGGAGGACUAGCAGAAUAGGGUUGAAUAUCAGAGCAUUAGAUAAACACAGGGAUCCUCUUUGAUUUUUUGUUUCCAGUGUGCUGUGAUGCCAUAUUAAUGCAUCAUGCCACAGUCCUUCAUUACGGUUACAGUCAUGGGUUUUAUGAGUGGAGACUAAAGUAGAAGCGUAGCGCUCUUUCUUUAUUUGUUUUGAUACAAUGGAUGUAGAAAUGGAGAACGGAGAGUAAAACUACACUCAAGGCACAAAUAAUAAUUGUGAGAGCCAUAUUGGUAUUUUGUAACAGAAUGUAACUUAAUAUUCAGAAUGCCUUCAUGUGCACAGUGUAAGAAGAAAAGUGUCAUUUUUCAUUAAUAUACAAACGUGAGUAUUCAUUUUAUUUCUGUUGCUGAGGUAUGCAGCAUUAAAAAUGCAUGAAAUUUCCCAUCUAUUUAUUUAAGUUUAAUACUUUGACUAUUUAAAAACCAGUGUGCUGAACACAUGUCAUUGUGGACAUGUAUGUUAACAAACCUAAACAGUUUGUGUUGAAAUGGUGUUUUUACUCACUGCACACGGCUGUAUGAUUUCCCAUAUUCAAAACUCAUUUAUCAUGUCAAUUUUCUUCAUGCCACGAGAGCGUAUAAUGAACUCUUAGUUUGGGGAUUUAAAAUUUAAAUAUAAAAUGUGUAAAUAAGCAAUGGUUUAGAGUGCAAGUGCAGAAACCAGUGGAUGGACUACUAAACUUCACUGUAAUUCAUUUGCGAAUAAACUUUGCUGAUUGAAAGGUC